AUGGAAGUACAUUUCCAAGGCUAUAUCAUACUUUUCCUUGUGUGGCUAGUCUCCACAAUUCUUGUUCGAAUCGUACUCACCAAAAUUCAAACCAAGCCUCGCCUUCCACCAAGUCCAAUGGCCUUACCAAUUAUUGGACACCUCCACCUUCUUGCUCCGAUACCUCACCAAGCUCUUCACAAGCUGCCUUAUAUUGCUGCUGUUGAUUAUCUCACAUACGGAUCAGCUGAUUUUGCAUUUGCUCCUUAUGGACCUUACUGGAAAUUCAUGAAGAAACUUUGCAUGUCUGAGCUUCUUGGUGGAAGAACACUUGAUCAACUCCUUCCCGUCAGGCGCAUAGAGUUGACAAGUUUCGUACAGUUGAUUCUAAAGAAGGCCAAGGCAGCUGAGGCAGUUGAUGUUGGAGCAGAGCUUAUGACGGUAACAAAUAAUGUUAUAUCAAGAAUGACUAUGGGGCAGAGUUGCUCUGCAAAUGAGACAAAAGCUAAUGAGAUUAGGAAGCUGGUGAAAGCUACAGCUGAGCUUUCGGGGAAGUUUAAUCUGUCAGACUUUAUUUGGUUUUGUAAGAAUUUGGAUUUGCAGGGAUUUGGUAAAAGACUUAAGGAAGUGCACGAUAGGUUUGAUAAUAUGAUGGAGAGGAUUAUAAAGGAGCAUCAAGAGGAAAGGAAGAAGAAGGAGCUUGUUGAGGGUGGUGAGGCAGUUAAGGGUUUCCUUGACAUUUUACUUGACAUAUCAGAAGAUGAGACCUCAGAGUUUAGGUUGAGUAUGGUAAACAUAAAGGCCUUCAUCAUGGAUAUAUUUACAGCUGGAACCGACACAUCCGCAACCACGAUAGAAUGGGCACUAGCAGAGCUGAUCAACCACCCAGAAGUGAUGAAGAAAGCAAGACAAGAAAUUGACUCCAUAGUUGGAAAGAACAGACUGGUAGAAGAAUCAGACAUUGCCAACCUUCGCUACCUACAAGCCAUAGUGAAAGACAGAGGCGGCCCAUGGGGUGUGCGAGGUGUGCGACCGCACAGGGCCCCCAAAAUUUAG